AACCGGACGCAGACGUUCGAGCGCGAUGACGUCUGUCUCGCGCCAAAUACCAGAAGGAAGAAGAAAGCACAGCACAAUAGUGUAGUUAUUUUGAAGAAGGGUCUCCAAUAAUAACGACUGUUACCGAAUAAAGCUUUGUGCAGCUGAACGGGCAACGCACAAAAAUGGGUUUCCUGGAGAGUUGCAAAGACCUUUUUGGCACCAGUGACCUAUAUGAAGUACUCGGGGUUAACAAACAAGCAAGUGAUGCUGAUAUCCGCAAGGCAUAUUAUAAAGUAUCUCUCAGAGUACACCCGGACAGAGCACUCAACGAUGAGCAAGCCACAGUGAAAUUUCAGGCUUUGGGAAAGAUUUAUGCUGUACUGAGUGACAAGGAUCAAAGGGCUAUAUAUGAUGAGCAAGGCAUUGUGGAUGAGGAAUCAGAUACUCUGUGCCAGGAUCGAAAUUGGGAAGACUACUGGAGAUUGUUGUUUCCCAAGAUUACUACAAAAGAUAUCUUAUCUUUUGAAAAAAACUACAAAGGUUCCGAAGAGGAAGAAGCUGAUAUAAAGGCAAUCUAUAUAAGAUAUGAAGGAGAGAUGGAUCACAUCAUGAACUCUAUUUUGUGUACCACUUAUGAGGAUGAGCCACGAAUCAGGGAUAUUAUUCAAGCUGGCAUAGACUCCGGAGAGCUCCCAACCUUUAAAGCUUUCACUAAUGAGAGUGUAAAGAAGAAAGAAGCAAGAAAAAGAAAGGCUCUGAAAGAGAAAAAGGAGGCAGAAAAAAUGAAAAAAGAAAUGGAUGAAGAAAACUCUCUGGCCAUGCUUAUAAAGAAAAAACAGGAAUCUCGUUCAAAAGAGAUGGACAGCUUCUUAUCUCAGCUGGAAGCCAAGUACUGCAAGAAAGAAAAUAAUGCAAGUAAAAAGAAAGGAAAGAAAAAUAAGUGAAAAUACAAGUAUUUGAUGUUUUGCACUAUUUAUGAAGCACUUACUUGUGCUGCUUGUUAUGUCUGAUAAUAAAUGAUGAAUUGCCAUUAAUAAAGAAAUCCUGCUUUGAACAGAGCACGUUUUAUGUGUUCAUGGUCAAAGCAUUUUUAUCACAAUUUGUUUUUGCUAAGGUUAUUUUUUAAAAAUAAAGGAUGUAUCAAUACUUUCGAUAUAUCUAUGGCUUUAGUUUGGUGUUUUUUCCCCUUUUUUUGUUUCUUGUUUAUAGUAUGUCCUAAUGAUUUAAAGCAUGUUAGCUUGGUAAAGGAGGAAAUGCAAGUAACUGUAAACCAUAAUCAAAAAAGCAAGAAAAUACCA